CGCAUCUAAAGAAAUGGCGUCUUCUUCGGGUGGUGAAACUUCGGCGAAGUUCCACGUUCCUGACUCGGCUAAAGGCGACGAUAAAGAAAAUUUUGUAAAAAUAAUAUGUCUAGGAGAUAGUGCUGUUGGAAAAUCCAAGCUGGUUGAACGAUUUCUAAUGGAUGGAUACCAGCCUCAGCAGUUAUCAACAUAUGCAUUAACGCUAUUCCAGUAUAGAACAAAAGUUAAUGAUAAAGAUGUUCGAGUUGAUAUAUGGGAUACAGCUGGACAAGAAAGAUUCAAUAACAUGCAUCCUUCAUAUUAUCAUCAAUCACAUGCUUGUAUUUUGGCAUUUGAUAUCACAAGAAAAGCUACUUACAAGAAUCUUACAAAAUGGUACAAAGAGCUACGAGAAUAUAGAGCAGACAUUCCGUGUAUUCUUGUUGCGAACAAGAUUGACAUUGAUUUUAAAGUCACAGAGAAGAGUUUUAAUUUUCCCAAGAAAUACGGCUUGCCUUUUUAUUUUGUUUCUGCGGCAGACGGAACAAACGUUGUCAAGUUGUUUCGUGAAGCAAUUAAGCUUGCCUACAGAUAUAAAGAAAAUUCCACUGACUUCAUUGACGUUGUCAUGAAAGAACUCGAGGCUAUGGAUGAUUUAGACCUCGAAGAUGAUAAAUUUGCGACUACCGUGAACGGAUCGAAGGAAACUGGAAACGAUUCAUGACGCACGUUCUAUUCAUGGAUUGAAGGGAACUGGUAACGACUCAUGACGCACGUUCUAUUCAUAAAUUGAAGGGAACUGGUAACGACUCAUGACACACGCGCGUUCUGUUUACCCUUGAAUUUUCUCUGUUUUUACAUCCCUGGUGUCCAACAAAUUUUUCUCUUGCAAACGAUUUUAUGUAAAAAAUGUCACAAUAUCCACAACGUCAAAACUUAUACGAAGAAGAUUUUUAGACCUACAGGGCUUUGAAUGCCUGGUUUCUGAGCUACACGCAAAGCAAAUAAAAUACGAUUUUAAUGGUCAUACACCCCGAGUCACAGCGUUGAUACGAAGUCAGCGCGUUAUACUGAAUUUUAUUUAAUUAGUUUGUAAUGACUUGAUCAAUUUCAUUAUAUAUUUUAUCAUUUUUGUCA